ACCGAGUCUUAUAGAGAUCGAUUCAGAUGGAUUCCACCGUGGAUCCCCGCAGCCGGCGGGCAGGCAGCCAGCCUUCUUCCGUUCGCUCCCGGCGAUCCGAGCGGUCUGGGCGAUCGGAGCGGUCGGAGCGAUCAGAACGGUCGGAGCGCUCGGAGCGGUCUGGCCGCUCCUACAUCUCUGCUCCGGGCAGCGAGCCGCGAAGGGCCGCCUCGGAAGUGCAGGUAUCCUCACGCCCGCAGGCGACGCCCCUGUCGCAGGUCGCGUACUCAGGCCGUGAGCGGCCCACCACAGGUUCGGAGGCUUCCACCGCCUCUCGUGGGUCCAGCUCCGGAGGACGCUCUGGCCGCUCUGGCCGUGGCGACGUCUUGCCCUGGCAAGUGCCUACGAAAGCCGUGCUUGGGCAUAAGGCGGAGUCUGGCUAUUCGGACACCUCCAGUGUCCGCACGGCCACCACUAUCCGCGAGUUCUUCGAAGAGGAGCAGCAGUGGGCCAACGGUGACAGGUUGAGGUCUGGAGGACGGUUUCCACCCAUGCGGCGGAUAGCUGAGGAGCCAGGCGAGGAUGUGGCGCCUUGCGUGCUGCCGUGCGUGCCUCCGGGCAAGGUGCCCGGUGGCAGGCCGCGAGCCCCGGGCCCUUCCAAAUCCGACAUCCUCUAUGCGCCUCGCAUGCCCGCGCGGUAAGCCAUUUGACACCUUUGGUGGCCAGCGUUGAGUCGAUUCCAAGUGGCGAC